AUGCUAGUAGUCAGGUGUCUAAGUGUGUGGUGUGUUACAGUGGCUACCGGUCCUUUGGAUUUCCUCCUUUGCCAUGGCUUUGCCUUUUGGCAUUUGGCCUAUAUUCAUAGGCUUUAUCUGGGUAGCAGAAGGAGGCCUUGGCAACUCCCUCCAGCUCAGAAAUCCUCAGCAACAUGCUAUUGGUAUGGCUGGGAAUCCACCUGCAAGUGAUGAGAUCCUCAACAUUAACCAAGAGCUCAUUCCUCCAGAAGCACCAGCGAGCAGCUUCCUGCUGGAGGGAGACAUCGUCAAGGUGAGCCCUUUCAGAGUGUUUUCAUCUGCAAGCCCAAAAUGGCCAAAGAGAAGAGGAACUGUCCAAAUUCCCUACAUCAUCUCCUACAAAUAUGACAAGCCUAGUGUGAAGAUCAUCAAGGAAGCAUUUGCAGACUUCGCAAGGUUCACAUGCAUCAAGUUUGUUCCCUACUCGUACCAGAGAGAUUUCAUCUCCAUCAUGCCAAUGUCUGGGUGCUUCUCCAGCGUUGGACGCACUGGUGGGAUGCAGGUGGUCUCCCUAGCACCUGCUUGCCUCAGAAGGGGGAAAGGGGUGACUCUGCACGAACUCAUGCAUGUGGUGGGUUUCUGGCAUGAGCACUCCAGAGCUGACCGGGACAAGUACAUUAGCAUCUCCUGGAAUGAAAUCUUGACUGGCUUUGAAAUUAACUUCAUGAAAUCCUGGAACAGCAACAUGUUGGUGAACUAUGACUAUUCCUCAGUCAUGCACUAUGGCAGGUAUGCCUUUAGUAUGACCGGCUUGCCCACCAUCAUACCACUCUCCAAUCCUUAUGUGUCUCUUGGACAGAGGUGGAAUCUGAGCAGUUCAGACAUUGCCAGAGUCAACAAACUAUACAAAUGUUCUCCAACUCUGACAGAAUCAGAAAGCCCAACUGAAAGUACUACCCAAGAGAAUAUAAUGGACUUCCUCUCUAAUGAGCUGGAACCUUGCCCAACAGAAGGGGAAAUCAAAGUAUCCACCCCCUCUCCCACUGCAGGAGCCUCCUCUCCAAGAACCAACCCCCCUGAAACAGUCCAAUCUGCAAGGAGGCCUUCUAGACAAAUGACAAGUGCACCUACAGCAUGGACAGAGGAGAUCAUGGGCAGAACUGCAAUGGAUGGUGAAGGCCUAAAUGUCUCACUGGCUGAACAUCCCAUAAUGGAGUCAGAGACAUUUGAACCUACAAGGCUGUCUACCCAUGGUGUAACUUACCUGGAGGCUACUGGGAAGCCCCCUCCACUUCACAUGGAAAUGGGGACUGUAGGCCCUGAGGGGAAACCUCUGAUUCCUAAAAGGGAAGCUUCAGUCCUGGGAACUGCAUCCAUUAAAGAGCCUGACUUUACUACAGUAAUGGCCUCGCCUGCUUCUCUCUCAGAGACAAGUCCCCAUAGGAAGGCAACAGAGGGACUAGGCACUAAAAUUCCUACAGAUGCUCUUGCAGGGCUUGCAUUCCCAGAACCAGUAUCUCCUGCAAGAGUAGCCCCUGUGGAGAUGGGGGGCACUAGGCCAAGUGAUGUGGGAACAGCAGAGACUACAAGCAUCCAAGGAACAGAGCUGGCCUAUCACUCUACCUAUCUGGUACAGAAGGGGCCCUCUCCAGCAACUGAAGUUGGAGUGGUGACCUUGUCUUCGGACCAAACACAGUCUCUGGAGAGUCAAACUGAGUUGGCCACAGCAGAGAUCACCAGCCCCUCAGAGGAGAGUUUAGGGACCUAUACAGCACAUCUAUCUCUGGGACCAACACCCCCUGAGCAAGUACAUGCCACAGAAACCCCACAUCCAACCAGCACUGAGAAAUGGACCACACACCUAGCCAGACUGAGUGACAAAUACAUAACCACCAUGGCACUCACCAGGACCAGGUCUGCCCCAACUUGGGAGACUCCCUCUGUAGAAAUGGAGACUCACACUGUGAGGUAUGCUACAGAGCAGACUUCUCUGCUACCCCCUGUACAGAACUGGACCAGCAGCCCAACUAAGCAGGGAAACCAGUCUGCAAGCAGCCAGGCAUACAGUCCAGGGAGUCAUGAGCAAAGCACCAUUGCCAUUCCUACCAGUGGCAUUACAGAGACUGAGCCCACAGAAGUGGUGCAACCUACAUCAUUAACUACCUCCCUUGAGAUGGUUCAGAACCACACAAUUUACCCAGUGCAAAUAAUAGUGCACGGGGCCACAACUAGGCAUAAAGGUGCAGCCUUGUCUUUAUCAGAAAUGGAAACCUCCUACAGAGCGCCUCCGACAAAAGCUACCUCUCCCAUGGAGACCCAAGCUGAGCUGGGAUUUGUAGAAGCCACAAAAAUCAAAGCCAGCUACCAACAUGGCUCUCCUAGCCUAACAGAGGGGACUCACUUUCCAAUGACCAAAGUGAAAGAUGCUGAGUAUGCUACAGAAGCAGAGACCCUUCCAGUGGAUUGGGGCUCCCAAGCCUCUGAACCAGCUGAGAUUGGUAUGCAAGCAACUAAAACCAACUACAGAAAUAAAGAGAGGGUGCACACUAAUACACUAGUUCCUGUUGGAGGAACGUCACCCACAGCAAUUGGACCCACAUACACAACACCCUCUCUGGAGGCUUCUGAAAACCCAAUAACAAACCCACCCAAUGCAGGGCCUGCAGAAGCCACAAGAAGUGAAGCUAGAAACCAAGCUACCUUGUCCACUAAAAGCUCACCUGAGAUGGGGGUACAAGAAGCCAGUAACGCUCCUCCAAACAGAAGAAGACUAACUUAUACACCUGCUUCUGUGUUACCAUCCUCCACAACAACUGAACUUAAAUUCAUGGAACGUCCCACAAGGGAAGUGUCAGGCCUGGAAACUCCAGUGGUUCAAUCCAGCAGACCAAGUGAGAUGGUAAUUACAGGAGUCUCUCCUGCUUGGACUGAAGCUAAAGACCAAUUUAGCUCUUUUGCAACAAGGGAGGCAACACUCUUUCCAAUGAGCAGUGCUACAGAGAAGAUGUAUUCUCCUCAGAUUAUCCAGUCUGCCAGCCUACCUGAAGUGGAGAUAAUGGGAGCUGGACUAGUCUCAUUUACCCCUCCACAGUCAAGGCCAAGGACUGCACUGGGGCCAUCUAUAGAAAUGCUUGAGCUGACAGUUCCUGAGAAACUGACCCCUGUCCAUACUGAACCCACAACUAACCAAGCCCAAACUAGUGUAAAUACCAGUCUAACCUUAGUGGGUGAAAUGACUUCCUUACAAACUGAGCCCACCAAAGCAGCACAUCCUACAGAGGGACCCUUGCCGCUGCAGACUUCGCCACAGACAUUCAGCUCAAUUGAACUAAGUCUCAAAACUUCAAGUAAGCAACAAAUGCAUGCAGCUGUGCAUUAUGGGGAAAGCCUGACACCCCUGGAAGGGAUCCCUACAGCUUCCACUUCUGCAUGUGAGCUGUGCCAUUCUACAAAAACUCUAUCCACUCAAGCUUCUGAGACACCUACACAGAGAUCAGAGGAAGCUAAAGGAAAAACCUUCCCUCUCCUCAUGGGAUCAACACUGCCUGAUGAAAGUGAAACCUACAUGAACCUUUCUGUCAAGGAAAUUUCAGAGAGCCAUGCAACUGAGCUACAAACUACAGAAGUGUCACUAUCUCAACUGCCUCACUCUACCCACAUAGAAGGAACAAGCUUUCCUAUGGCCAACGCAUUAGAAGCUGGGAACACUCCACUGCUGGGCACUUCUGAGACACCAACCACUCACUCCAUUCUCACCUGGGAACCCAUAGCCCAAGUAGGGUACAGAAAGCAAAUGACUUGGCUCCCAAAGACAAGCCCAUUGAAUGCAGAGCAUUUGACCAAAAUAGCCUCUUUGGAGGCCACAGCUGAGUCUAGGCUUGUGGAAACUACUGGCACUGGCAUGGAAGCUAAAGAACAUGGUUCUCCAGCAGAAAGAACCUCCCAUCCACUGAGUGGAGCCCCAGAAGUAACAUUCUCUCCAGAGACUUCCACAACCAACUCAGCUGAAAUGGGUGUUCAGGAAGCAAUAAGCACCCAUAGAAAGAGAAGCAGAUGGGCUAGUCACACCGCUCUCUCCAUAGAGAGACUUUCGCAGGCCGUAACUGAACCCACAUAUGUAAUGGUCUCUGAGGAACCUGGCAACCCAACAAUCAGCCCAGACUAUCAGACUGCAGAAGUGGUGAGCACUCAUGCUGGAAACCAGCAGAGAUUGUCAGUAUCCAGCAGCAGAACUGGGAUGGGAGCCCAAGAAUUCAAAGGUGAGCCCAGGAGGGAAGGAAGAAGACCCAGCCCUACACUCCCUUCUGUGGGAAGAAAAGAAAUGGCUCCACUUUUAGGGACUCUAAAGAGUAAAGUCAUGCUCCUUCAGGGAAGUAGGCUCAGGAAAGGCCUGUUCCCCUCAAAACAAACCCAACCAUUUCUGGGAAUGAAGCCUACUGAAUCAGUGACGACCACAGAAGAAGCUCCGCUCCUCACAGAGACCUGGCAGCUGCACCAAGCACAGACAGGCCCCAAUGUUCCUGAUAUGCUGUCCCCAAGAACAGAGCAGGCCACAGGGGCUCAUCCUGCUAUGGAGGAGACUUCUCUACCCCCUCCACAACUGACUCCUGCCUCCCCUGAGUCAAAUAAGCUUAUGAGCUACAGAGAAACACAUGCCACAAGCCUCCAUGGAGAGGAGGCUGCACCAAGUAUCUUCCCUCCAGAGAGAGCUCCCUCAGCAAGAACUGCCAGUCAUAUCCCCCAUCCUCUAGAGCCCUGGGGGAGCAGGACAAGCCACCCAGUUGAAAUGGGAGUACAGGAGGCAGAGAGCUAUAGAAAGAGAGGUCAUGAGUUCAGGCCUGCGCUCUCUCCUGCCAGGGAGAGAGCACCUGCAGUAACUGAACUGUUUUGUACAAUGGUGCUGGUUACAAAAGCAAUAGAGGAUCGAGGGAUGGAGAUAGAAACACGCAUGCAAGGAACAGAAGGUAGAGGGCAGCCUGCUGCCCCUACAACAGAGGGAAUGGUACCUGUGGACACUGAAGGCGUGUAUACCUUUCCAGAGGCACUUGGGACUCCACCCACUAAUGCAAUUGAGGUGGUGGGUACAAAAGAAGCCCCAAAUAGCUCCAGAAAAGGGGGCAGAGGAGGAAUUUCUAGGCUGACUCCCACUGGAAUGCCAGCAGCAGCAACAGAGAGCAACUUGGAACCUUCAAAAGUAACAUCCACCCCAGGGCACCUUGAGACCCAAACCAUCAGCCCCACUGAGAUGGCAAGGAUGAAAAUCCCAGUCAGCCAAAGGAAAGCUUGCUUGACGACAAAAGAAAUUAACUUGCCAGUGACUGAAGUGGCAUAUGGCCAAUUCCUGGAGGCUCUGACCAAAACCACUACCCAAGCUGUGCUGGGGCUGCAAGAAGUCAGGAAGAGCCCUAGAAAGCAGGGUAGGGUGUCCAUGCCUGUACAGGGAACUAAAGCCAUGUCUGUAAUGCCCUCUCUAGAGACACCCAAGGUCCCAGUAACAAAUCCAAGCACUGGCACUGCAAAUACUACAAGCAUUGGUGCUAGUCUCCAUGAUACCUCACAUGUUCUGAGCAUAUCAACUGAGAUGUAUGUACAAGAAGCCACAAGCAGCCAUGGACCAAGAAAGGGAGGACACCCCUACACUGCCACUCCUGCUGGCACAUGGCCUGUAACAGGGGAGUCAGAACAUAGAGGGCAUCCUACCAAGGAAAUCCUUGUUCAGGAGACACAAUCCAUCAGCCCACCUGGGAGAGGAGCUACAGAAACCACUCCUACGCAGACCAGAACCCAAAACCUCUUGAACACUGAAGAGGGAAUGCCCAUUGCUACUGAAGUUGUGCAUUCCACCAGGGUGAUGCUGCUUCUGGAGGCUCCUGAAAAUAAGACUGUUGGUCUAAGAGAGCUGGCAAAGGAAGAAACUAGUAGUUACAGAGAGGAAGGUGGUCUGUCUACUACCCAUCCUUUGCCUUCAAAUACCCUAAGCACUGAAACUGAGCAAGUGCAGUCUAUGCAAGUAAAUGAGCAGAUGCUUCCUGAGAACUGGCCCACCAGUCGCCCUGAACAGGGGACAGGCAAACCCACAACCCAAACAGGUGGAGAAUAUACCAGUCUAACAUCAAUGGGUGGAGUGCCUUCCCUAGAAGCUGAGACACACUGGUUUGAUCUUGCAGAGGGAACCUCACUGCAGCAGGCUUCACCACACCAAACUUUCAGCCCAAUUGAAUUGCAAAUUGAAACUCUAAGCAGCCAAGAAACACCUGCAAUGAUCCUCCACCAGGAAGAAUAUGGCCAAACACCAACAUCCACAGAAGGGAUGCAACCUGCAAAAACGGAGGUUUUAGAACUACAAGGGCUUUUUACAAAGUCUGUAUCCACACAGUCUCCUGAGACCCCAACAUCAAGACUAGAGGUCAGUGUCUUCCACAGAAAGAAAGGCAGAGGAAAACCCUCUCUCCUCUCCAUAGGAACAACACUGUCUGCCGAAAAUGAGACUUACUUGGCGUCUUCUACCAAGAUAGCACUUGGUACAGAAGCUUUAGCAGGUCAAACCACCAGCCAAACUGAGCUGGGAAUUACAGAAGUUUCACUAGCACAACAGCUUGGCUCUCCCGCACCUGUAGCGAGAACAAGCUUUCCAGGGGCUGAGGCAACAGAAGCUGUGAAUAAAGUUCCCAGCAACAGUACAGAGACCAGGGAACCAAUUCCAACAGCAAAGACUCCAUCUGCAGGAACUGAAGCCACAAGACAGUCUUAUUCCACUACAGUGAAGGCUGCUGAGACCCCUAGCAGCCCAAGUGAGAGGAGGGGGUACACAGCUACAAGUGGCUAUAGAAAGAAAAAUGGAGAACAAGCCUAUACCCAUUCUCCUAUUGGAAGCAUGUCUUCUGCAGGAAGUGACACAACUCAUGCCAGUCCCUCCCUGUGGCCUUCCUACUACCAAACUGCACUGGCUUCCACAGAGCCUGUGAAGACUCAAAUAGAGUCUGGCACGCCAUCUCCUGUUGGAGGAAUUCCAUCUGGAGGGGUGGAACCUACAUAUAUUGGAUCUUCCCUUGAGACCCCAAGCCCACCGGCAGGGGGCAGUGGAGGGAAAUACACCUCCAUCAGCAGAGAGCAUGUAACACCAGUGAGUCACUGGGAUCUGGGAAAUAUCUCUGCCCCAGAACGGCACUCGAGUCCAUCUGAGAAAUGGGCUAUCAACACCACCAGACUGGCCAAUGGCGAACGGUCAACCCCACAAGCACAGGCUCACAGAGAAAGAACUACCACCAACUCUGCAGUGGGAGUGAUGCCAACCCCAGGCACUAAAGAAGCACAUGGCAUAAAAGUGACUCAUUUGAAACGGGCUUUUCGAAAGCACCCCAGUGACCUGGUUGCAGUGGACCCAGAGCUCCUACACCUUGUUGGCAAGAGGUCCUUGCCAGAUCUAGGGGAAAGCCCAGCCCUGCCCCAUGACAGCAAUCCAGAUCUCAAAGUGAUUACUCUGACCCAUGGGGGGACACACAUGCAGAGUCCCCUGCUCUCAAACUCUCUAGAAAAACUAAGGGCAAAGGUUCUAGAAGCAUUCUGGAAGAAACACAUCCUGUUGCCAGAGUUUAAAGUGUCCCCAAUCACCAGAUUAUACCCAGCUGCCAAAGAGAUCAAGAGUGUUCCUUGGCUUGAGACCAGUGCCACCCCUGCUGCUGCUGCUCCUCCUGACCAUAAGCAUGGGCUCUUCAGACCUAAAGAGCGUCUCUUCUCAGACAGGAAAAAGACAACUAGCCUGACUCCAUUCCUGCUUUCUGCUGAAGCAGUGCUGGCAACAGCAGCUCCUGCCAGGGACAAGCCUAUUGCAGCACCUCUUCCCAGGAGGCAGUCUAGCUCUGGUAAACAUGCCCAUCACAUCCUACCAGCUCAAAGGGCUACAGUGCAGCCUGCCUGGCAGGUCUGUGACUUUGAAAAGGACUUGUGUGGCUGGCAGCAGAGCGAUACUGAUGACUUUGACUGGAUACUUGCUGGGGAGAGACCUUCUGCUAGAUCAGCAAUUGGUGGCAACCUCUCUGAAGAAACCCAUUCUCCCUCCGGGGGUGGUUACAUCUCCCUGAAGUCCCCUUCUGCCAGACAGACUGCAGGACAUAAGACUUCUCUAAUCAGCCCCAUCCUGCAUAGGAUUGGAUGCAUCCGCUUCUGGUACAGCCCCCUGGGCUCUGUUAUGGGCACAAUAAACAUCUAUAUCAAGUUGGCAGAUGCCCCUGAGUGGCACAGAAUCUGGUCUGCCAAGGGGAAGCAGGGCAGAGACUGGCAUCAGGUAGGCGUGGAGGCCUCGGAGUCACAGAAGCUGCAGGUGAUGGUGGAAGGCAUCAUUGGCCCAGACACCGGGAGUGAUGUUGGCAUUGAUGACCUGUCUGUCUGUAUGGCAGAGUGCCAGGGAGGCUGUGACGAGCUGAUUGCUUUAUACAAAAAGUGAAAUGAGCAACCAACUAAAUAAACCUUUUUAAAGUGCAAAA